AACUUCAAAAUUUAUUUGGGAAAAUAUUAAAUUCCCAAAAUGCUGGCAGUAGCUGUGAAAUAUUCAUUUAUUGUUAUACUUGGCUUUAUAGUUGUGAUAACAGUGCGCAUAACUGUGCCCCACAUAUUGGGAUAUGAUGAACAAUAUCUGUUUAAUAGAAUGAAAUUUCUUGUGAUAAGGGUCUAUAUAUCACUAACUAGUUUGAUAGUGCUUGAGAUGGUAUCGAUAUAUCUAAGUGUUGCUCUGCUCUAUGCGACGACCGAUUGGAUUGCUGUGCUGUAUUUGCCUCUACUAAUAUAUGCUAUGCACCGCACAUAUGCCACAUGUGUCGUUCAGCUUGCAACACUCAUAUCUGUCAAAGAUGGUCGCGAUUUUCUUAUUGAACAUUGGCGAAAAUACUUUGAAUCUGAUGAUCAGUUUUGGAUUGAGAUACAGGCAAAGUUGGGUUGUUGUGGCCUGGAGGGACCACGAACUUAUUUGGACUACCUGCUUAAGGUGCCUCCAAUAUGUUAUAAUGAUGGGAACGUUUUAAUCACGAGGGGAUGUGAUGAUGUUGUUUAUGAUAGUUUCAAUGGCUUACAAUUCCUGGCCAAGGGACUCAGCUGGUUAGCAGUGUGUCUACAGUUUCUUACGUUUGUUCUAUAUUUCCGGUUUGUUAUGCGUAAAUAUAUUCAUUUAAUGAACCAGAGAGGAAUCAGAAUGAACACAGAACACAGACUAAACAUUUGUGGACAAGGUUCGAUUUCAGUAAAAUUGAACUAUUUCGAUGGUUUUUUUUAUAAAGUUCAAUAAACUUUG